AUGGCGCUGGCGCCGCUGGGUUCGGUCCUGGCGGCGCUGCUUGCGCUUCUGUGGCUGGGCUGGCGCUGGCUGCGACGACGCGGCGCGGGUUGGGGACACCGAACCCUGUGUGCGGCGGGACCAGCGCGGGCCGAUGACGUUCGUGCCCUGGUCGUGACGGCGCACCCUGAUGACGAAGCCAUGUUCUUUGCUCCCACAAUCCUCAGCCUGGGCAGGUUUCGGGCCCAGCUCUGGCUGCUGUGCUGCUCUUCAGGAAACUACUACAAUCAAGGGGAGAUUCGUAAGAAAGAACUCGUACAGAGUUGUGCUGUUUUGGGGAUCCCUCCUUCCAAUGUAACAGUUAUUGACCACAGCGGCCUGCAGGAAGGUGUCAGAGAUGCAGCUAAGCAAGAGGGCAAAAGGAGCAACUGGGAUUAUAGUGGAGAAGGCAGUGACAUAGUGAAGACCCCCAGUGAGACAUCCCUCCCUGACCAACCAUCACUGGUGACUGAUGAGCUCUCCCCUGGCACAUGCCUCAGGGCUGGAAAGGGCAAUGAGGGAGAGCUCUCAUGCCAUAAAAAGGACAGAAAAGCUCCCUCUGUAACCAUGGACCUUCCAGACGAUCCAGCUGUUGACUGGGACACACAUCUCCUCUCUACUUUUGUGCUAAAGCACAUAGAAACCAACAACAUCAACCUGCUGAUAACCUUUGAUGCGGGAGGAGUGAGCGGCCACGCUAACCACAUCGCCCUUUACGCAGCUCUAAGGUAUCUGCACUCAGAGAGGAAGUUACCUGAAGGGUGCCGGGUCCUUACGCUCAAGUCAGUAAACCUCCUCCGGAAGUACAUCUCCAUCCUGGAUGUCCCCAUUAGCUGCCUCCAGUCCCAGGAUGUUCUCUUUAUACUAACAAAGGAGGAGUCUGAACAAGCCAAGAGAGCCAUGCGGUGCCAUCGCAGCCAGCUUCUCUGGUUCCGCCACAUCUAUAUCCUGUUCUCACGCUUUAUGGUGAUCAAUUCACUUUGCCUUCUGUGAAGGGAAGGAGAAUCAUACACACUUCCAGGGGGGUAUUGAGAGACCAGAGAAGGGGACAAAGAAAAGAGAGGCUCUGCUUGACCAAGCACUGUUGAAAGCUCUUGCUUCUUUAUUGUCUCAAGAAGAGGACAGAAUUCCACCUUCUGUGUGCCCUGCAGCCUUUCAGAUUGCAGAAACAUACUGUAUUUACAUCCUUCUAGGUGUCCUUUGCCUGACAGCCUGGGACAUGCCUGGGUUCAAACAAUUACUGAACUCCCAUUGUAAUAGCUUAAAUGGUCUUAGAACUACCAGCAAAUCAGAUUGAUCUGAGUCUAAUUACUAGUGAAGUAGAAUUUUGGAGGUGUUUAGGAUACAGCAUGUACUUUAUGUGCUUUUACAAUGGGUGUCCCCAGGGAGACCAGGCCCAGAUCACCACCUGAUGAUUCCUGCUUUUUACCCAUUUCCCUCUGCUGUAAAGAUCAAGCACCAGGAGUGAUUUGUCCAAGGAUACCCAUUGUCCCUUGGGGUUUGAACCAGAAUCCUCACAGCCCUCAGGCUGUAACACUGAACCACCCAGGACUGCCUGUCAGUCAGCCAGUUCCUGCUGAUGGAGGGCUGGUUUCUUGACUUUAAAAUGCCAAAACUUUAGGAAUAAAAUAUUAAAAAUUAUACAGACUAA